GUGAAGUGCGCUGGUCUUGUCAUACAAAGUUUGAUGGAGUGUCAACUGGACAAUAUGGAGAUAUUUGCAUCUUGAAAGCCGGACUACAAAUGUGGAUAGACAGGGAGAAACACACGCAAGCCUAAGAUACGAUAUUCCUCACUAUAUGAAGUGACUGAUAACAAGAUCUGUAUAAUGGGUUGUAAAGAAAUUCUUGAAAGUCUUGGCGGAAAGCUACAGUUCCGCUGUUUCACGUGAUAUGUGUGGCUUCUCGCUAUGAUGAGCAGUCGUGGAGAAAAUCCACAGAGUAGAACAGGUGUGAAUUUGGACGCAGUAUGCGUCGUUCGGGCCCAUAGGGUUAAAGGGUCAGUUCACCCAAAUUACAAAAAGAUAUUUUCUCUUUAGCUCUCUUUAGCUCAUUUCUAGUGUUUUUAACCCAAUUUACAUGUAGGUCCUCUCAGCACACAGUUUAUCCAACUCAUUAAACCCACUUUCUCUAUUCAACAUCAUUAUAUCACCACUGUGUGUCCAAAUCCUACCACUUCACUUGAUAAUGUGUGUUACAUGUUUAGGUUUGGUUAACACAAACAGGUAUGUGAGAUUGUUAGUGUUCUCCUCAAACAGAAGUAAUCUGACCACAGAGUGAUCACAAGAAAAAAAAUAACCCAGCCCGCAGCUGCAGAUUCAGUGACAUCCUGUUCCUGUCUGUUUUUGUCUGCUCUUACUGAGUGCUCUUUUUCUGGUGGCGGUGGGAUGUUGGCAGCGAAACAGGUUUGAAAUCUAAAUCUCUUUUUUAAGUUUAUAGUUAGUAGUACAACCUAACUGUAUUGUGUUGUAGGCAUUUACUUGGAUUUGACUUACUGUGCGUAUUAAUUCUUAAACGAUGAAGGAUUCUUGUCUUUGGUGCACCUGCACAGGGACCUCGACUGCCCUUUGCACACUGCACUUUAAUUCACAGAAACAGAUCCACUGUGAAUUAAAACAUGUUUCUGUUUGUCACAUUUUAUCUGAUCCUCACAUGAAGAUUUUUUUUUAUUUUGUCUUUUCAGGGAAAUGAACAUGGCCUCAUUCGCUGUCCUCGCUCUCUUCACUGCUCUCUGUAUCAGCGCAGGAAAUGCAGAUUUUAUAAAAUUGCAAUGCAAGGCUAGAAAUGUGGGAGAGAUUGGUCAGCAGUCACUACUGAAGUGUGUUGUCAAAUCCACACAAGACCCAGAAUACGCAAAAAUCACAGUGGUCACUUGGAUGAAAGUGGGAGAUGAGAGACCCUUACUGAUUUUAAACACAUGGGAAACUAGACUGCAGCCGGGCUAUAUGUUUGAUGAGCCAUCCUGGAAUGGCAGGAACGUGGACGUAUCUCUGCUCAUCACCAACACUGCUGUAGAACACGAGGGUAUUUAUAUGUGUAUGGUGAUGACAGACAGCGGUGGUGACAUCAGCCAAACCAGCCUUAUAGUCACAGGCCUGAGUGUUCCCUCUGUGUCAGUGAGUCCCUCUGCUGAGAUAGUGGAGGGCAGAUCAGUGACUCUGACCUGUAGCAGUGAUGCUAACCCAGCAGCUAACUAUACCUGGUACAAGGAGGAUGAAGACUCACCAAAAGCAUCAGGACAGAUCUUCACCAUCACUGACAUCAGAGCUGAACACAGUGGGAAUUAUUACUGUGAAGCCCAGAACACAAGAGGACGUCAUAACUCCACCUUACAUCUGACUGUUGUGGCAGAUCAUUCAGUAAUGUAUAUCAUCAGGUUGACUCUGGUGGUCUUGGUGCUGACUCUUCUGCUUCUCCUGAGUCUGUGGACGAGGAAGAAGAAAACUCUGAGCUUCACCACUGAAGCACAGAAACCUGUAGAGAUAGAGACUCAUGUCCUGUGUAUGAGAACGUCUCAGACGCUGCAGCACAGACAGAAGACACAGAGGAGCAGGAAGACCUGGUGUGAAGUCCAGUCAGAUGCAGUUGAACCAGAGGCGGGACUCACCUGAUGGAAACAAAGUAGUACGGCAUGGAAAUAUCAGUGUGGAGAGUGAGGCUGUGGAGGAUGUGGGGGAAGUGGAUACAUUUACUUUCAAUUCCAAAAGUUUUUAUUGUCAGUUUUCAGUAGCAGCAGCAUG